AAUUCUUUGAUCGCCAUGGCGACCACUGCCGCCAGUCCGUAUCACGUCCAGACGACAACGGCGGCGGCGGCACCACCAGGCGUCGGCGUCAAGUUCAUCCUUGCCGGUUGCUCCAACUUGAGUGCGGCGUUCAUCACGAACCCCAUAGACGUUCUAAAGACGCGCAUGCAGCUAGAAGGAGAAUUGCCUCCCCAUGCUCCGAGGCGGUAUGGCGGGUUCGUCGCUGGCGGCCAUACCAUAUUACGCUCGGAAGGAUGGAGGGGGUUCUACAAAGGACUCACUGCAUCUCUGAUGCGGGAUGGGUUCUACUCUGGCAUUCGUCUGGGAGCGUACGAGCCAGUGAAGGAGCUCCUUGGCGCGACCGACCCGUCCACGACUCCGCUCUACACGAAAAUCACGGCCGGAGCGAUCACGGGCGCGUUCGGCAGUGCGUUGGCGAACCCCACCGACCUGGUCAAAGUGCGCAUGCAAGGGGAAGGCACUCGGUAUGCAUCGACCCGUCAAGCGUUCGUCGAUAUCUGGACGCAUGAAGGGACCCGGGGUCUAUGGAAAGGGGUCGGGCCGACUGUGAAGCGAGCGGCACUGCUCACCGCGACCCAGAUCCCUAGCUACGACCACUCCAAGCACCUGCUCAUCAACCACGACGUGCUCGAAGAAGGCGUGCUGCUGCACUUCAUCUGUAGCAUGUUUGCGGGGUUUAUGGCGGCGACCGUCACCUCUCCAGGUACAUAGUCAUUCUACAUACACAUCAUCUCGGGGUUUGAUAUGUGUAGUCGACGUGAUCAAGACUCGCAUCAUGCAUCAGUCGACGCAAGUGUACUCUGGGUCUGUGGAUGCAUUCCAGAAGAUCGUACGGAGCGAAGGAAUCGCGGGACUGUACAAGGGCUGGUUCCCCAACUGGAUGCGCCUCGGUCCGCACACCAUGAUCACGCUCAUGAUCUUUGAAGAGUUAAGAAAGAUCGCUGGCCUCCCACCCAUCUAGGGACAAAGACGCGGCACCGCCUUGGAUACUCGAAAGAAAUCAACCGUAUAGAUAUAUAUAUAUAUAUAUUCAGAAAAUAUAUUUGAAAUAUAUAUGCUUGAC